AUGUAUUUCGAAAACUCAUUUAAAAAUUUUUUAAUUUUUUCUUUCUCUUCAAUAUUCAUUAUUUUUGUAGCACCUCGAGAAAAAUCAUUUAAAAAAUUUUUAAUUAAAGAUUCUUUUACCUCAGAAGAAUAUAUUUCAUCAAAUUCAGAAGGAGAUAUUACAUUUUUACUAUUAAAAAUAUCCGAACUCAAUAUGUUUUCUUUAACUUCAAUUAUUAGAAUAAUAAGACAUCUAUACAAAUUAUACUCACAAAUUAUCUUAUCUAAAAAAAUCUUCAUUGACAAAAAAUCCAUAUAA